AUGGCGCAUCUAUUGCUCUCAUCGGCUAAUAAAUUGGAGAGACUGAUCCUGAAAUCCGCACAAAAAGGUCGCUUCGACACGUUUCAGCUGAAGCGGCAUUUAACUUUACUCAAAAAUGGUACAGUGCUAUCUACAAUUGAACAAUUGCAGCAGAAGUGGAGAUCAUUUUGUAAACAGCCGCCUAAGGGAUUUGAAAAAUUUUACAAACCAGGCGGGGCUAAAAAUGCUGAAAAUGUUGGUAAAAAGGCAGAAGAAGCGUCAAGUAAAACUGCACAGAAACCUUCAUCAUCUAGCUCUUCGUCCAGCUCCAAGGAUUCAGGUUUUCGGUGGGUAUUUAAAGUCUUUGGAGACAGCACCCAACAUGGAUCUAAAGGAUUUGAAGGUGGUGACAAGGAUAGAACAUUUAUGAUUUUGGGCGCAAUUGGAUUAUCUGGUCUUAUCGUAUAUAUACUUGCGCAGGAUUUUAAUCAAAAAGAAAUCACAUGGAGAGAAUUUAUAUACAAUUAUUUAGGCAAGGGUCUUGUUGAGAAAUUAGAAGUGGUAAAUAAGAAAUGGGUGCGCGUAAGACUCAUGCCUGGGCAUACUGUUGACGGCUUGGAUACACUAUGGUUUAAUAUUGGUAGUACGGAUACUUUCGAAAGGAAUCUGGAAAAUGCGCAAGUCGAAUUAAAUAUUGGGCCUGAGAAUUAUAUUCCUGUGGUUUACAAAAAUGAGGUAGAAAGUGUAAACUUAUUGUCAUAUCUACCGCAGAUUUUGAUGUGGGGUUUCCUUAUUUUCCUAAUUCGAAGAUCUGCUGAAGCGAUGACCGGUAAAGGAGGUAAAAGGGGCGGACUGUUUGGUCAAGUAAUGGAAUCGACUGCAAAGCUGAUCAAUUCAAAAGACAUUGGCGUACGAUUCAAGGACGUGGCUGGAUGUGAGGAAGCUAAGAUAGAAAUUAUGGAGUUUGUAAAUUUCCUGAAGAACCCACAGCAAUAUAUAGAUCUUGGGGCUAAGAUACCAAAAGGCGCUAUGUUAACAGGGCCUCCUGGUACUGGUAAAACAUUGUUGGCCAAAGCUACAGCCGGUGAAGCGAAUGUACCCUUCAUCACAGUGUCGGGUUCUGAAUUUUUGGAAAUGUUCGUGGGUGUCGGUCCCUCUAGGGUGCGCGAUAUGUUCUCUAUGGCACGAAAGCAUGCACCGUGUAUAUUAUUUAUUGAUGAAAUCGAUGCGGUAGGUAGGAAGAGAGGAGGUCGAAACUUCGCGGGACAUUCGGAACAGGAAAAUACCUUGAACCAGCUCUUAGUAGAAAUGGAUGGAUUCAACACCACAACCAACGUGGUCGUUUUAGCUGCGACUAAUAGGGUAGAUAUCUUGGACAAAGCGUUGUUGAGACCGGGAAGAUUUGACAGACAGAUAUUUGUACCUGCGCCAGAUAUUAAAGGUCGAGCAUCUAUCUUCAAAGUGCAUUUAUUUCCUUUGAAAACGACGUUAGAUAAGGAUCAGUUGGCGAGAAAGAUGGCUUCCUUGACACCUGGAUUCACUGGAGCUGAUAUUGCGAACGUUUGCAACGAAGCAGCUCUGAUAGCGGCUAGGGACUUGAAUGACAACAUUCAACUGAAGAACUUUGAACAAGCUAUUGAGAGAGUAGUCGCCGGCAUGGAGAAAAAGACCAACGUAUUGCAGCCUGAGGAAAAGAAGACAGUCGCGUACCAUGAAGCUGGUCACGCAGUAGCUGGCUGGUUCCUGGAGUACGCGGAUCCGCUUCUGAAGGUGUCCAUUAUCCCACGCGGGAAAGGAUUAGGAUACGCGCAAUAUUUACCUCGCGAGCAGUAUCUUUACACGAAGGAACAGUUAUUCGACCGAAUGUGUAUGACGCUCGGUGGACGAGCGUCUGAGGAGAUAUUUUUCGGCCGUAUAACUACGGGUGCCCAAGAUGAUUUACAGAAGAUCACAGAAAUCGCGUACGCACAAAUCACGCAGUUCGGUAUGAAUGACAAGGUCGGAAAUGUCAGUUUUCAAAUGCCGAAGCCGGGGGAUAUGGUUUUAGACAAGCCGUACUCUGAGUACACCGCGCAACUUAUCGACAAUGAGGUCCGUCAGCUGAUUGAUAGCGCGCAUAAGCGAACGCGUACUCUUCUGUCUGAGCAUAAAGAUGAUGUAAUCAAGGUCGCCGAGCGAUUACUGAAGCAGGAGAUUUUAAGUAGAGACGAUAUGAUCGAAUUACUCGGGGCUCGACCAUUCCGCGAGAAAUCUACGUACGAAGAGUUCGUCGAAGGUACUGGCUCCUUUGAGGAGGACACUACGUUACCGGAAGGAUUGAAGGAAUGGAAUAAGCCACGGGAGGAUGACUCUGAGGAUGGUAACAGGAAGGAAUCUGGCGAGUCUCAGCCUUCCAAAUUAACCUCCGACGAUAAGCAACAGCCGCAGCAACGAUUGUAAUUGUAAUAUUUUAGUGUUUCAAAGUACUUUGUAUAAUAGUUCGAAAUACAUUAUUACAAUAAGUCACCAGUUCAACGUAUUCAGCUGCAUCAGCUGUUGUAACCGUCGAUAAGAUUGUCACUUAUCGUAACACUUACGUAAUAAAAUCUGAACGGCGCGAUUCAUUCACAGCUAAGAAUAGUAUUGUACGAAUUUUGAUCCCUUGCUCUGUGUAACAAUAAAACAGCCGACAUUUGGUCAAGAUGUUUCAAUA